CCCCCGGCCCUCCGGUAGGCUCGGCGCGGCUGCGGGCAGCGUCACGUUGCACAAUGGUUUCCAGGCUGUGAGAGAGGGUGAUUCAGCACGCCACGCUCCGUGCUCGCUCCCCGAGCCGCUUCUCUCUCCGGGUGUUUAUGGGGGCGCGGGGGAUGCGCCUUCCACGCUCACCUCUUCCUCUCUCCGUCUCCCAAUCUCCCUCCUCUCUCCUCUCCCCGCAGUUGCUGGGGGCUUGAGGGACCCGAGCGCGGGGCUCCUCGGCCGUCAGCCGCCCCUCGCUCAUCCGGACAGCUCCCCCGACCCCCCCGCCCGACGCCCCGCGCGGUUCCGGUGGAAUGUGGUCCAGGAGGGGCAGGUAGGGGACCGCCGGGGAGCGGCGCGCGUCGGGAUCGCGGCUGGCGGGCACGGAAUGGCGAGUGUGAGAAACGCCGAUGUUAGGAUCAUCUCAGAUCUUCAUUAUGGCAACUCAUGCAAGAAACUGUUGAAUUAAACCCAGUUCCCAUAGAUGAGAGUCCAUACCAGCAGUGGUAUUUAUGAGCCUCCACUUAUUGUACUACUGCAGUGAACCAAUCUUGGAUGUGAAACUUGCCUUUUGUCAGGUGUGUGUUCCUUACAGGUAAAACAAGGGAUUUGAUAAACAAGUGGAUGUGUCAUAUAUUGCCAAACAUUACAACAUGAGCAAAAGCAAAGUCGACAACCAAUUCUACAGUGUGGAAGUGGGUGACUCAACCUUCACUGUUCUCAAGCGCUACCAGAAUUUGAAGCCGAUUGGCUCUGGGGCUCAGGGAAUAGUUUGUGCUGCGUAUGAUGCCGUCCUUGACAGAAAUGUGGCUAUUAAGAAGCUCAGCAGACCCUUCCAGAACCAAACGCACGCCAAGAGAGCUUACCGGGAGCUGGUCCUCAUGAAGUGUGUGAACCAUAAAAACAUUAUUAGUUUAUUAAAUGUCUUCACACCCCAGAAAACACUGGAGGAGUUCCAAGAUGUUUAUUUAGUAAUGGAAUUGAUGGAUGCCAACUUGUGUCAGGUGAUUCAAAUGGAAUUAGACCACGAGCGAAUGUCCUACCUGCUGUACCAAAUGUUGUGUGGCAUCAAGCACCUUCACUCAGCUGGUAUUAUUCACAGGGAUUUGAAACCGAGUAAUAUUGUAGUCAAGUCUGACUGUACACUGAAAAUUCUCGACUUUGGACUGGCCCGGACCGCAGGCACAAGCUUCAUGAUGACCCCUUAUGUGGUUACACGUUACUACAGAGCCCCGGAGGUUAUCCUGGGAAUGGGCUACAAGGAGAAUGUGGAUAUAUGGUCUGUGGGAUGCAUUAUGGGAGAAAUGGUUCGCCACAAAAUCCUCUUUCCGGGAAGGGACUAUAUUGAUCAGUGGAACAAGGUAAUUGAGCAACUAGGAACACCGUGUCCGGAAUUCAUGAAGAAAUUGCAACCGACAGUCAGAAACUACGUGGAGAAUCGUCCCAAGUACGCAGGACUCACCUUCCCCAAGCUCUUCCCUGACUCCCUCUUUCCCGCAGACUCCGAGCACAAUAAACUCAAAGCCAGUCAAGCCAGGGAUUUGUUGUCGAAGAUGCUAGUGAUUGAUCCAGCCAAAAGAAUAUCAGUGGAUGAUGCGUUGCAGCACCCGUAUAUCAACGUCUGGUACGACCCCGCUGAAGUGGAGGCGCCUCCGCCUCAGAUAUAUGACAAACAGCUGGAUGAAAGAGAACACACCAUUGAAGAAUGGAAAGAACUUAUCUACAAGGAAGUAAUGAAUUCAGAAGAAAAGACUAAAAAUGGUGUAGUAAAAGGACAACCUUCUCCUUCAGGUGCAGCCGUGAACAGCAGCGAGAGUCUCCCUCCGUCCUCGUCAGCCAACGACAUCUCCUCCAUGUCCACUGACCAGACCCUGGCCUCGGACACUGACAGCAGCCUGGAAGCCUCAGCGGGACCCCUGGGUUGUUGCAGGUGACUAGCCGCCUGCCUGCGAAACCCAGCAUUCUUCAGGAGAUGACAUGAUGGAACAUACACACAUGCGCGCACAGACACACACACACACAGACACACACACACACACACACACACACGACACGCACACGACACACAUGCGAAGCCAAGAAACAUGCAAGGAAGAGAAAUUAAGCCCCCAAUGAAAAACAAAUCUUUCCGCCUGCUUCCUUUCCGAGUUCUGUAUCUCCGCUCAGCCAGACGUGUACUUAACUCCUAGUUGCUCUUGCUUUGAUCUUCUUCCAACCAUGCUUACCACAGAAGGCAAAUCCAACCCAAUUAGAGAAGCCUACCCCACGAAGUGUAAUUCCAAUGGCUGCCAAACCAGCGAUCUGUAACUGCCCUUCCAAAUGGCAUGGCAAGGUAUGCAACCGGCCCUGGCAGUCAGCAUGUGUGUGUCUCUAUCUUGCAUCUACCUGCUCCUUUCGGCCUAGUCGGAUGGAUGUAGAUACAGAUCCGCAUGUGUCUGUAUUCACACAGCACUAGCUCUUUAGUGACGCUCCUGUCAGUGUCCUCAGGACCCAACAAGACAUCGUGCACUGGGGCUCCCACACAGUCCAUUCCACGAGAUCUAUUACUCUGACAUCACCCCAUCUGUACUAUAUCGCCAGUAUAUACGCUGUUUAGUUGACUAAUUGAUUAAGCUGUAUGUCUUAUAAGAAAUCCUGUAAAAGGGGGGAAAUCACCGGGGGGGAGGGGAGUGAGCUCUCUUGGACCCUUGAAGAUGUAGUUUCCAAAUUCGAAAUGAUUAAAUGGCACCUGAAUACCAGUUUGUAGAAGGAACGUAUGUGAUGCUUAUGUCCGGUAGGGUGUGUGUGUGGGGGGGGUCGAUUUCCAGGCACUAAACGGUUUGGCCUUUGGAAGGAAGUGGGCAGGAGAGUGGAGGGGCUGUUCUCGGAUACUGAGUGAGUGGCUGGAGCAGCUAGAAUGAAGGAAGCCCUCCUCGCCCAGCUGUAGGCGCCACUGACAUUCAACUGUCAGAGAAGAGUUGGGUGUGAAGUUGCUAAACGUGGUGUUGCGGCUGUGGCGGGUGGUGAGACAGAAUCGUUUCUUAAAGCUCCGGUAGAUAAACCCCUCCCUGGACCCAACGUGAGUCAUCUCUGUGUGCUAUUGACAGCGAAGCCAGCCCAACACUAGACCACUUUCAGUUUGUGAGUUGUAUUCGCCGUGAAUGGCUACUUCUCAGGUUUAUAUUCUGCCAAAAGUCUGAUUAGAGAAGGAAAAUUGCUUUCUUCCAGAAUUCAAAAAUUAAAAAAAAAGAUAAAAGCGAAAGAGUCCUCAAAGCACAGUCCCCAGACCUGAACUUUCGAGCACUUUCCGAUAGACCUUAUGGCUCAGGGGAGGUUCCUGCCUCCUUCAUGUACCUGUUCUUCUGCAUUUCUUAAAUUUCUCAUAAACCGAAGCCAAUCCCAGAAUGGCUGAUUCUCUUAGCCUUGCACUGCAGGCCACGUGACAUCAACAACUCUGCCCGAGGUUACUGCUGCGAAUCGCUUUAGCAAUAUGAGUUUGUCUCAAAAGCCAUGAUGCAUUGACGUCACUGUUGAGGGAAACGGCCCGGACUUAGUUCACAUGGAAUGAGCACUGAUGGAGGCACAGUGAAAACCUGGUGAGGGAUGAGGCACCAUCAGGGUGAUAUCUCAGCAAUAAUAGUGACUGGAUGGAAGCUUCUCUUCCGAUUCACUUUGGCGAAGUGGUCGUCACAGCUAUUUGCACUCUGAUUCUUGGUGCUCACAGACGUGAUUCUAUUUCACCUAGGGAAGAAGUGAAAUAUCUGAAAUAGAUGGUUGGUGAUAGGACCGACCAAUAGAAUUCUUUCAGUGAUGGAGCAAACCGGAAAACCGAUGCUCUGAAAACUGCCUUAAAGUGAGCACCACAGAAGCUUUGGUCUCUUUCUAAGCAAUAGAGCCGUCCCUUUCCUGCGCCAGCAAGGAGGCCUGCUAUGGGUGGACUGCUUCACGCAGUGGGAUUCCAGAGGAGAAAUCCUGUGUUUGAAACGGGGGAAAAAGGCUGAGGAGUAGCUCAGUGCUCCUUGUGCGUCCUUGGAAUCCAUCCCCACCACAAGAAUAAAUACAUAAGCAAAUAGAUAAGUAAAUAAAUAAAAUAGGGAGAAAAAAAGUCAUGGAGCCUGCUGUCUAGAAUAAAAGUGACUCAGUUUCUCUGUAUUCCUACCAUCGUGUUUGACUAGCAUUGCACACAAGUUAAAUCUUAAUUGUGUGGCUAAUAUGCUGUCACUUUUUUUCCUACAACACUUCUCCCCCACUUCUUUACCCCACCAUUUUUUUUAAGAUCUCUUUUUCAUAGCCCUUUUUUAUUUACUGCUCUCCUUUCUCUGUAUUCUUUUCUGGAUCUCGUGUGCUUUUCCCACCCUUGACUGUCUAGCACAUGGAAUUGAGGAGCCAGGGAAAUUUCGCCAGUCACAAAAUGGCAGCAGGAGGCAGAAAGGAGUCUCUAGCUGGUCCCUCUGCCUAACAGCAUCCCUCAUAAUAGAAGGGGUUAUUUUUCCUCUGUUUCUGCUCAGAUUAAGUCAGACAAGACCUAGACAGUAUCAUUCUUCUGCUACUGCCGCUCUCCAAGUAUGAUCUCACUUACUACAUGGCUCUGGGACUUGUUUAUCAUUAGUCAUGAUAUCCAUUAUGGAUUAGAAAAAAAUGAAACAAAGUUCUUAGAUAUAAAUAUCAUAUACAAAUAAAGCUAAGAAUUUCACUUCUUGUCGGAUUGACUCUAUGAGGCUAUCAAAGCAAGAUAGGAGAUGGGGCCACAAGCAGAAUCGUUAUUUCAAAAGUCUUGUUUCUUCAUGAACUUCACAGUCUUUGGGCCACGCACGUUAUUAUGGUAUCUUCAGGAGGUGAUUGUGUUCUCACCUUUAUAUAUAUUUGUAUACAUAUAUGUAUAUGUAUGUAUAUAUAUAUAUCAAGUUUGCUUUGAGCCUUCUUUUCUUUGAAAAAAUUCUUCUGUUACUUCCAAAGGACUCUUGUUUUUCUGGUAGUGACAAAUCACCAGGCUAUAUCUCUGGUCCUUUCUCUGAUUCAGGGUCAUUUUGGAAUGAGAAGUUGGUACUCUGGGAAGACUAAUCUCUGUCAUUUCCUUUGGGACAGAUGAUUUCACAGAGAUCCUAAAUGAAUGUUUCAUAGUCAUUUAUAGGAGGAAUACUUGUGUGCCCACAGGCAGUCAACAUAAAAUUGUUGGGAGAAUUUGGUAAGAGCAUCACCACUUUGAUAUUUUUAUACGCAUUUUGUGGGUCAAGAUGUUAAUUUUUCAAAGAGAAAUAUUAGCCUAACUAUUGCAUUUUUUGUGGAAUGAAAAUUAACAGUACUCUUGCAUCUUCAAGAAUCUGAUGACUGAGCUUACUAGGAAUUACCCAUAGGUGGACCAGUGCCCAUGCAAUUCCCUCCUACUGCAGUCAGCAAUUCAAUUAAGGCCUAAGAGUUAGAGUUUUGCUCAAUCUGUUAUCAACAGAAAAAUAUUCCUGAAGGGUACUGAUAGCAAAUCAGAAAGUCAGCCUCAACUAAUGGAAUAGAGAGAUUUCAAAAAUCUCUUUUUGACCUGUGAUAGGGUGGCAGGGGAGCAAUAGGCAAAACUGAUUUCUAACUUUUACAUGCUAAAUGUAAAUUACACAAAAUCCAUUUCUACUUAAUUGCCUUUCCAUAUGACAAUCUAGGUCUGAAAAGCUCUGUGCUGUGAGAGAUGGUUGUCAGGCAGCUUUGAUGAACCAUUUAGUCCCCUGUAGCUGAGGGAAAGAACUGCACUUUUCCCAGGAAUCUGUGAUCCCAACUCCUUUGCUUACGUGGAAGAAUUGCACUUGUGCUCAUAACCCCACGGCACAUUUUAACUGUGAAAGUCCAACUGUACCACAGAGCAUUUUACUAAGCAAGGACAGUCCUUUCUGUACAAACACUAGACAAAUGACAAUGUAAAUAGUUAUAUAAGCUAUUCUCCAUGUUUUUUAUAUAAGAUUUGUUAUUUCUUCGACGCACAGCCAUUUCACCACCAAAAAUAAAUAAUGCAUACUGACCCAUUUCCUUGGUCAGCCACGGGAAAUGGAAGGCCUCUGUUAAUAUACAAAUUCCUGUAUCUCUAACUUUAGAUAAUGUGGGACCAAUGGCCAGUAUAUUUAAGUGGAAACAUUUCCCAUCCCCUAUCUAGCAUUAAACUGUUCAACUUGUCAUGCUUAUCUUGCAACGACACUUAACUUGCACUUGCCUGUUUCUCUGCAUGAUCGGCCUCCAAAAUCUGUUGCCAAUGAUGAGAAUCGUCCUGUACCAGUAUUUAUAAAAUGGACCGAAAGCACACACACCUUCUCUCACUCUCCACCCUUACAGUUUCGGAUCAAUUCUGAAGUUGAAAUCAUGAACAUGCAGUUCCUUUGUGAGGUCUGACUGGUGAGAACUGAAAGUUAGCCUGAUGAAGCAAAUGCAAUCUCGCUGAUGUUUAAUAAGGACGUGCAAUUAUUUCAACCAUUUCUGUAUUUUCUCUCCUAUUUUUUUGUAUCUGCUUUCCCACACCCCUCUUUGCUUUUAAAAAUGUCGGAGGAACAAAAGAGAAAAUGAGGGGAGAAUUCGGGCUCUUUUUUCGUAGGUGAAUACUGAGUGAAUACAUUGUGAUUUCUGUUUCUUAUGAAUUAUAAAAAGCCACAGAAAAUAUGCAUCCCUUAACAUAAAAGCAAAUCCAAAUCCAGACUGUGUUGGAAAUUGCCUGUUGACUAUGGUUGUUGUGUGGUUCGUUGUCUGGGGUUUCAUGUCCUGACAUAGCUCCAAAGCAUUUCACAUGAUAUUAUCUUGACAUCUGAUAAAAGAAACAUAUAAUGUGUGGUCUGAUUAUGACAGGGGAAUAAAUAAGGAAUGAGGAAUAACAUGC